AUGUUCAACAAACUCAAGUCUUUUUCCGAAGACGUGGCCAAGAGUUUCAAUGAAAUACAGAAUGUGGACGUUUCUCGGAAAAGCGCAGACAACAUUCGCCAAUUGAAGAACGGCGUUUCUGUUCUCACCACAAAUACUCCAGAUUCUAAAGAUUUGGGUCAGCCCGAGGAUGAGGCACUUAAAAGCACACUGGAAACCCCAGAAGACGGGCAAGCUGCAGUGAUACCUGUUGCCACCUCGGGCCCUUUGAAAGAUAUCGACUUGAACCAGCUACCAACUUUGGUUCGGGCAAAGUUGAAGAAGUUUGCAAAGUACGAGGAGAAGUAUCCCGUGUUGUUGGACGCCUACAAAACAGAGAAAAGAAAAGGCGAGCUUGUGAUUGCUUUUGAAAAGGUGCUAAAGGAAUGCACCCCUGUAUCUUCUAUUUCCGAUGCUGGUCUCCUAGUUGAUUAUUUGACGAGCUUGAACGAGAAAUCGUCUUUGUCGGAAUCAGAGCUACGCAAGACACUUUCCGAAUUGACAAAAUCAAACAAAGAGAACGCUGACCUUGCCAAGAAACUUGCAGAUGCGCAGAAAACUUUGAAGUACGCCGAAGAAAAUGCAAACAAGGCUCAGGUACGCGAGACGACAUUAGUCAAGGAGAAGGAAGACUUAGCUUCCAGAACUAGCCAACUCGAAAUUCUGCUUGAAAACGAAAGGAAAACAAUUGCUACGUUGCAAGCCAAGUUGGAACAAGUCGAAAAAGAACAUCCUCCAAUAGAUACAGAAACAAAAGAGACAACAGAAUCUCCCGAGAGCGUUUCGAAAGUUCUCAGUCCCGAGGAAAAGUCUCGCUUAGAGGAAGAAAUAAAGCAACUAACAUCAAAGCUUGCAUCAGAAACCAGCGAAAAAAGCAAGUUAUCCAGCCAAGUAGAAGAAUUGGUCAAGAAAAGUACGCAAAUCGAGGAAGAAAAAAGAGCAUUGACUGGUGCAAUUGAUUCUUCCAACACGGAGAAGGCUGACUUGACUCUGCAGCUCGAAUCGUUGCAGAAGUCCUCGGAUUCGCAACGUGCAGAAUAUACUACGCAAAAGGAAGUUUUAACGCUGAAAAUAGAGGCUUUAGAAAAAGAAAAAGCUACUUUAAAGGAACAAGUGGAUACAUUGGAGUCCGAGAAGAGAAGACUAGAAAAGGAUCUCGAGAAAACCAACGAGACCGUUUCCUCUCUUCUGGAAAAGAUUUCAACUCUCCAGGAAGUAGAAAAGCGAGAGAAGACGUUGAGCGAUGCAGCUAUUCUCAGCGAGAACACCAUAAAUGAGUUGAAGAAGUCUGUGGAACUUUUGGAAGCACAAAAGAAGGACGUUGAAUCGCAUCUUGAGACCGACCGUGCUCUGUUGAAGUCACUUGAAGCUGAAAAUUUGACGCUACAAGAAGCAAAACAAGCUUUGGAGAAAGAAUCGGAGACCACAAGACUCACUAUUAGCUCCUUAGAGUCCAAGAUCUCGCAAUUAGAGAACGCCAUUACCGAACCAGAGCAACUGACAUCUGCGCCCGAAAGUCCUAAAGUGAAUCAACACGCGAAAGGAAAGGGUAAAAAGAAGAAGAACAAGGCUAACAACUUACAGGCGAAUGCCAAAUCAAGAACUGCGACAGAAGAUUCAACUUCUCAUGAUUUGGAAACAAAGAUCGUCGUUUUGACUGAAAAGAUCGAAGCAUUAGAGAAGGAGAAGUCAAAAAUCCUUGAAGACAAACAAAAGGAGCUAACUGAGAAAGAGGAGACUAUCAAAGAAAAGGAGGCUCUUUUAACUGAGAAUGAACAGCUUAUAGCCUCCCUCAAAGCGGAGGAUUCUUCAUCUUCUAAUGACGAGCUCGAAAAAGAAAAUGCUAUUUUGAAGGAGACGAAUGAAUCUCUUUUGAAAGAGAAACAAGAGCUUCUCGAUGAGAAAGAUGUGCUUGCCAAAGCCAAAAAAUCAUUAGAGGAAAGUAAAGACACCUUUGCGACUGAAAAACAAUCAUUAGAAGCCGAAAAGGAAGAACUAGUCCGGCUCAAGAGAGAAGCAGAAGAAAGGAUGGAACAGAGUACCAAAGCAUUGGAAAAAUUCAAAGAAGAAAAUAAUUCACUUACUGAGCAUGUGGAGAAACUACAAAGUCAAAAGAUACAGCUUGAGGCUGACAAAGGUGAGCUUGAAAAGACUGUUUCCCAGAAUAACAGAGAUUUGGCAACGAAAAACGAAGAAAUUGAAAACUUGAGAGACCUGUUGCGCGAUAUAGGUGAUGAUUUGGUAACCGCAAAAGAUCUGCUCAAGGAGUUGAAGGAGAAGGCUAAUGCUGAAACUGAAGAGCAGUUGAAAGAACUAAAAACACAAAACGCUCAAUUAAAGAGUACCAUUGAACAGAAGGAGACAGCGUUGUCGGAGACCGAGGCUAAACUCCAUGAAGUGGAAAAUGAAUUGGAAAUUUCUAAAGAGGUAUGCACUAAAAGUAAACAAGAGUUGAAAGACGUCAAUACCAAGCUUUCUGGGAUCACAAAUGAGCUUCUUGCAUCCAAGAAGGAAAUCGAGAGUUUAACAUUAGAGAAAGAUAAAUUGAACGAGAGAGUUGCCGAAUUGGCUAAAUUCAAGAGCGCAGAUUCGUCAUUGAAGCUUGAAAUUGCAUCUAUGCAAUCAUCUAUAAGUCACAAGGAUGAGCAGAUCCGGGAAUUGAAGGAAACAAUAGAGAAGAAAAAUAAAGAAAGAGAUGAAUUGAAUAACAAUAUUGCAACUUUGAGGACUACUAACACCGACUUGAUCAAUUCAAACAAAGACUUGGUUUCCGAAAAAUCGACUUUGAUAAGUAAACACGAAAUGGCAGUUGAGAGAAUGAAUUCGCUCAAUAGCGAACUUUCAAAACUACAAGUCAGUCGGCAAAAAGUGGUGACUGAACUCGAUGCUCUCAAGUUGAAAUACGACGCAUUGGUGAAUUCCAAAGCAAAAUCUUCGGACGACAUUCAAGUAUUCAAGCAACAAUGCGAGGAACUUACAAUGAAAGUGAAAGAAGCCCAACUGAAGAUUAACAACCUCGAAGAUGAUCUUUCUGAAGCCAGAAAUAUGUUGCAAGAGAGGACGCGGGAAUCAUCGACAAUUAGAAAGCUUCUUCUUGAUGCUGAGGAGCAAAGCAAUAUAAAGGCUGCCGAGCUCAAAAAUGAGAUUAGGAACAUUACAGAGGAGAAGAAUGAAGUCGAGUCAAACUUGCACACUGCCUUAAAAAGGAAGCAAAGGGAAAGUGAAGAGUUUAAAGAGACUGCCGAAAGGCAUGCACUCAAGAUAAAAGAAUUAGAGACUUCAAUUGACAAUCUCAAAGCAAAAUAUGAACCUCUUUUGAAGAUGAGCGCUGUGUCACCAGAAGCACAACAGAAGCAAAAGGAUUUAGAAAACAUUAUUGGAGAGUUGCGUGUAUCGCUUAGCGAUGCCAGCAAAAAGAUCAAAGAUUACGAGAAUUUGAAUUCUAUUUUGAAGAAAUUGAACGAUGAAACUUUCCUCAAGUUUGAAAGAUUAUCGAAGAACUACAAGCAGAUCACGCAGCAGUACAGACACAUGCAAGAGCAGAACUCAAAACCUCAAAGCACUCCAGUACCUGAGCACAAAAGUCGGGAUCCUGAAUCGGCAGUGAGUGUUCCUUAUUUGAAAAAUGUGUUGGUAGGGUUUUUUGAGCACAAGGAUCAAAGGGCACAACUAUUGCCAGUCAUGAAAACCUUGUUCCACUUUAGCGAUGAAGAUGAACGCAAGCUUAUGGCGGCCUUGAAGUAA